UCGCCUCAAAGGAGAGGAUCCGGAUAGAUAUGCAACCGCACCAAUGCGUCCACGCAUCGUUCCCCUGAUCGCUACCCUCGCCCGCUCGCCGCACCCCAAACCCACAGGGCCAUCCCCAUCCAGAUCCAUCCGUCCAUGCUGCGCCGCCAGCCCACCCGCAUCGACCUCCGCAGCUCCGACCGCGACGAGCUCGAGGAGCACCUCCGCUCCAAGGCCGCCGCCAAGUCCGCCGCCGAAUCCACGCCCCUCUCGACCCCGCGCCCCUCCAACCCCAUCUCCAACCCGCUCCUCCGCCUCCUCCACCCGCCGCCCGACGCCGCGCCCUCCAAGGCCCAGCGCAUCGGCCUCCACCCCCCGCCCCCGCAGCCCUAGCCGCCGCACCCCCACCCCCAUGGAGGUCGAGAUCAAGCUCCGGCUCCCGGACGCGGCCGCGCACGGGCGCCUCUCCGCCUUCCUCGCGCCGCGCCUGCUCCGCACCGACGCCCAGCGCAACGUCUUCUUCGACGCCCCCGCGCGGCCCCUCGCCGCCGCCACCGCGGCCCUCCGCGUCCGCCUCUACGGCCCCGACGACCGCGCCCCGUCCCGCGCCGUGCUCGCGCUCAAGCGCCGCGCGCGCAUCGACGCCGGCGUCAGCCGCGUCGAGGAGGUCGAGGAGCCCCUCGACCCGGCCCUCGCCCUCGCCUGCCUCGACGACCCCGCCCGCCUCGGCGCCGUCGACUCCCCCAUCGUCCGGCUCGUCUCCGACGAGUACGGCGUCGGCGGGGACAGAGCGCCGUUCGUCUGCCUCGGCGGGUUCCGGAACACCCGCGGCGUGUACGAGCUCGGGGAGGGCGAGGGGCAGGGGCUCGUGCUGGAGCUCGACGAGACGCACUUUGAUUUCGGCACCAACUACGAGCUCGAGUGCGAGACCGCGGAGCCCGACCAGGCCAAGGAGGUCCUCGAGCGGCUGCUCACGGUCGCUGGGGUGCCGUAUGAGUACUCCCGGAGCAAUAAGUUCGCGUGCUUCAUGGCCGGGAAGCUGCUUCCAUGACUAGAACGAGGUGGAGAGUCGAUGCAUCCUUUUGAUGUCGUAAUCUGCCAGAGCGCGUCCAUCGUUGAUCCUGGAUCUUUGCCUUGACACCGUGGAUGGUCUCUGAUGGAUCGACACCGAUGAUAGCUGUCCUGCGGAUCAUGGUCUCGAACUUCUGUAAUCUCAACAUAUAGUAUAGCAUGGGACAACAGUUGUUGUUUCACUCAUGCAAAACUCGUAACGAUGCCUGCUUUAGGAAAGUUUUCCCUGCUGUUCCCACUAGUGCGAUUUCUGUUAUUGCUCUGUACUUACCAUUCUGGGCAAA